UAAUAGUCUCCUCCUCCUCUCUACGACUCUACCUUUAAUGUCUUCCAACAAGAAAAAGCUGUGGAAAACCCUGUUCACACUCGAUGCAGGCUGUGGGUGUAGCAGACCCAAGCUUUCCGACGCUUACCAGCCAAAACCCAAACUCCGAAACCCAUCAAACGCCCCGAUCGAAGACGAUGAUCUCACGUCCACUUCCUUCUCUUUCAACAACGUCGACGCCAUAUCAUCGUCGUCCACCACCGAUCAUCUCAACUCCGAUUCCGAAUUACCCGAUCAUCAAACGUUUCCCAGAGCUAAACUCGGCAGCCAUUGCUCUAAAAUCGUCGACAGCAUCGCCGUGGUGAAGGAUUCCAACGACCCCUACGGUGAUUUUCGACAUUCCAUGCUUCAAAUGAUCGUGGAGAAACGAAUCUACUCCGAAGAUGAUCUCCAGGAGCUGCUUCGGUGCUUCUUGGAACUGAAUUCUCGGUGCCACCACCGUGUUAUCGUCGAGGCUUUCACGGAUAUCCGGGACCGGAUUGUUACGGUGGCGGAUCAGGAAUCGUGCUUUGUUCACGGUGGAGGGCUUGAGAGAGCUCGCGGCAUGUGAAUACAUUCAAUUCGCACGUGGGAAGAAGCUGCCCCGCUUGGCAUUUUGACAAAGUCAAAACUGCUAUGCGCACGUAAUUGCCAUCGGUAAAUUCAUCUUACGUUGGUGGUUUAUAUACGGUUUUGGGGAAUUUAGUCAAUGAUUAGUUUUAAUUUCUCAAAAUGUGUGUUUUUUCAUAUCUACGAACUAUGCUUAACCAGGACCUAAAUGAGGAU